AUGUCGACCGCUACAAAACCCUCAGCGCUGACCUUUGAUCGCAAGGCCCGGUGUUCGACAUCCAAAGCCCGUGCCUCGACGCUGCAUUUGCCUCAUGGUCCAGUCGACCUGCCCAUUUUCAUGCCCGUCGCCACCCAAGCAUCUCUGAAAGGAUUGACCCCGGAACAAUUGGAAGAGACUGGUUGCAGAUUAUGUCUGAACAAUACAUACCACUUGGGAUUGAAACCUGGCCAAGCGGUGCUUGACACGAUUGGCGGUGCCCAUAGAUUACAAGGAUGGAAUUACAAUAUCCUGACGGACAGUGGCGGUUUUCAAAUGGUUUCAUUGCUCAAGCUGGCAAAGAUCACCGAGGAAGGCGUGCGCUUUCUCAGCCCCCAUGAUGGCAGUCCAAUGCUCCUCACUCCUGAGCAUUCAAUGUCUCUUCAGAAUUCCAUCGGCUCAGAUAUCAUGAUGCAGCUUGACGAUGUCAUUCAGACGACAUCGCCUGAUCAUGCCCGGAUGAAGGAGGCCAUGGAACGCUCUAUCCGCUGGCUCGACAGAUGCAUAGUUGCACACAAGAACCCUGAGACACAGAACCUAUUUUGCAUCAUUCAAGGCGGUCUCGAUCUAGACGUGAGGCGACAGUGCUGCGAGGAAAUGGUCAAGCGGGAUACCCCAGGCAUAGCUAUCGGUGGUUUGUCUGGCGGAGAAGCCAAGUCAGAUUUCUGCAAAGUCGUCGAUACAUGCACCAGCCUCCUACCUGACCAUAAGCCAAGAUACGUCAUGGGUAUUGGUUAUCCAGAAGAUAUCGUUGUCGCCGUAGCUCUCGGAGCAGAUAUGUUUGAUUGUGUGUGGCCCACACGAACGGCACGUUUUGGCAACGCGAUCACCUCCAACGGCGUCCUGAACCUCAAAAAUUCUCGGUAUGCUCAUGACUUCGGACCUGUCGAGCAAGGCUGUACCUGCACCUGCUGUCGUCCCAAAGAGGAUGGAGGGUUGGCCAUCACGAGGGCGUACAUCUACCACCUCGCUGCGAAGGAGACUGUGGGGGCUCACUUACUGACGAUGCACAACGUACAUCACUUGCUUUCCCUGAUGCGACGAAUCCGCACGGCCAUAAUAGAUGACCAAUACCCCUCAUUCUGCAAGCAAUUCUUUGCAAAUUAUUUCAAUGGCCAGUCUCCCCCGGGAUGGGCGGUCGAGGCGCUCCAGGGAGUGGGCAUCGAGAUAUGA